AUGGAAAUGGCCAUGAUGCGUGCAAAUAUGGAGGAAGACAAAGAAGCAACUAUGGCACGUUUUCUUGCAGGGUUGAAUUUUGAGAUUGCUAACGUUGUUGAGUUACAGCAUUAUGUUGAGUUGGAUGACAUGGUGCAUAUGACCAUCAAAAUUGAAAGACAACAGCGUAGAAAGUCUUCUUACCGAGGUAAUACUCCUUCUAAAGUUUCCUUUAAUCCAUCUGUUACUCCUAACAAUGCUAGGAAGCAAGCACCAUUUAAGAUUAAGGAAAAAGCGGAGACGAGUAGUCCAAAACCUCUCGUUGUUGAAAAUGGACGUGGAAAGAAACAGAUACAAACAGAACGCACAAGAGACAUCCAAUGUUUCAAAUGCCUUGGUAGAGGGCAUAUUGCAAGUCAGUGUCCUAACCGAAGGACAAUGAUGACACGUAUGAAUGGGGAAAUAGAGUCCGAAUCUGACAAUGAUGAGCAAGACACCCCUUUGAUGGAUGAUGAUGAGGAUGACGAUCAAAUACAGACUUAUGCAACCGGAGAAGCACUUGUGGUUAAAAGGAGCUUGAAUGCACAACCAAUCCGAGAUGAGCAACAACGCGAGAACAUCUUUCACACAAGAUGUCUUGUGAAUGACAAGGUAUGUGUUGUAAUUAUUGAUAGCGGUAGUUGUACUAACAUUGCAAGUACUGUUAUGGUUGAUAAGCUAGGUCUGAAGACGACAAAGCACCCUAACCCAUACAAACUACAGUGGUUAAAUGAUGCUGGAGAGUUAAGGGUCACCAAACAAGUUCUUAUCCCAUUUUCCAUUAGAAAAUACAAGGAUGAAGUGAUGUGUGACGUUGUGUCGAUGGAUGCCACUCACUUAUUGUUGGGACGUCCAUGGCAGUUUGACAAGAAGGUAAUGCAUGAUUGGUUCACCAAUAGGUAUUCGUUCAUGAAUGCAGGAAAACAAAUCACUUUAGCCUCUUUGACGCCAAGUCAAGUACAAGAAGAUCAAGUUCGUCUGAAGAAGAACAGCGAAGAAGCAAAGGGGAAGAAGAAGAUAAAUGUUUAUGCAAGCAGAAAAGAAAUCAGGAAGUUUCUUUCCUCUCAACAAUCUUUACUCGUUUUAUUGUAUAAAGAUCAUUGUUUGUUGGCUGAAAUUCCCCCUGAUUUGCCUAUGUCUAUUACAUCUCUUUUGCAAGAUUUUAAAGAUGUGUUUCCUGAAGAAAUUCCAGAUGGAUUACCACCAAUUAGAGGGAUUGAACAUCAAAUUGAUUUCAUCCCUGGAGCUACCAUUCCAAAUAGACCAGCCUACCGGAGUAAUCCUAAUGAAACAAAGGAGUUACAGAAACAAGUCAAAGAGUUGUUGGACAAAGGAUACAUUCGAGAAAGUUUAAGCCCUUGUGCUGUACUAGUUUUGUUGGUACCAAAAAAAGAUGGAACUUGGAGAAUGUGUGGAUUGUAG